ACUUUUGACAAUUUCAUUCACUACAACUUUUCAAUCAUUUUAUCAUCUUCUUCAUUUUCCUCCAUCAUCACAUUGAGAGAGAGAAAAAAAAAACCAUCAAUGGCAGAAGUAGGAAAAAGAGUUGGAGUAGCCAUAGACUUUUCGGUAGGCAGCAAGAAAGCGUUGAGAUGGGCGUUGGACAACUUGCUUCGUAUCGGCGAUCAUCUCAUACUCAUCACUGUCCUUCCUCAACACGGUUAUGAGUCCGGCGAAAUGCAGCUUUGGGAAACUACCGGCUCUCCUUUGAUCCCUUAUGCUGAUUUCUCAAACCCUAUCAUCAUGAAGAAAUAUGGAGUAGUGCCUGAUGCAGAAACGCUUGAGCUUGUGAAAGAUUUAACUCAGGAGAGAGAGAUUGUUCCACUCCUGAAAAUCUUCUGGGGUGAUCCCCGUGAGAAGCUAUGCGAAUCAGUUGAUAACAUUCCGUUGAGUUGUCUUGUCAUCGGACACAGAGGAUUAGGAACACUCAAGAGGGUUUUCUUAGGCAGUGUCAGCAACCAUGUCAUGACCAAUGCAUCUUGCCCAGUAACCGUUGUGCCCUGAGCGGUUUCAGUUUCUGUUGAGUUUCUGUUUGUCACCUGACCCUCUGCUGGCCAUCCCGAGUUACCUCAGUGGAGCUGUACUACCAUCAAAGUAGAAACUCAGAUCAAAGUAGAAACUGUAAUAAGUCCUGUUGUUUGUAGAACCUAGAACUGUAUCAAAGUAGAAACUCUGAUCUUUGAUAAUAGUCAUGUAUGUUUUCAAUUUAAUGUAAGUCUGUAAUUGAUGUUUAAGUUUACCCUUAGAAAAGGGAAACUGCUAUCUUAAUUCCAAAAAAAUUAUACCA